ACAGCUGUAAUGUCAAGAAGCCAAGAAGGACCUGGAGAGAUGGGAAAGGCAGUCCUUAUCCCCAAAGAUGACCAGGAGAAAAUGAAAGAGAUGUUUAAAAUUAACCAGUUUAAUCUCAUGGCCAGUGACUUGAUUGCAUUAAACAGAAGUUUACCUGAUGUAAGGCUGGAGGGAUGCAAGACAAAAGUCUACCCUGACGAAUUACCAAACACAAGUGUGGUUAUAGUAUUUCAUAAUGAAGCCUGGAGCACUUUACUUCGAACUAUUUACAGUGUUAUAAAUCGGUCGCCACACUAUCUGCUUUCUGAAAUCAUUUUAGUAGAUGAUGCCAGCGAAAGAGAUUUUCUGAAGGCCUCAUUAGAGAAUUAUGUGAAAAAUUUGCAAGUGCCAGUAAAAAUUAUUAGAAUGGAGCAACGGUCAGGCCUGAUUCGAGCUCGGCUUAGAGGAGCAGCGGCUUCUAAGGGGCAGGUCAUAACUUUCCUGGAUGCGCACUGUGAAUGCACUUUAGGCUGGCUGGAGCCCCUCUUGGCAAGAAUAAAGGAAGACAGGAAGAUUGUAGUUUGCCCAAUCAUUGAUGUGAUCAGUGAUGACACUUUUGAGUAUAUGGCUGGGUCAGACAUGACUUACGGAGGAUUUAACUGGAAACUUAAUUUUCGUUGGUAUCCUGUUCCCCAGAGAGAGAUGGACAGAAGGAAAGGAGAUAGAACACUGCCUGUAAGGACCCCUACUAUGGCUGGUGGCCUAUUUUCUAUUGACAGAAACUACUUUGAAGAGAUAGGAACUUACGAUGCAGGAAUGGAUAUCUGGGGUGGAGAGAAUCUUGAAAUGUCUUUUAGGAUCUGGCAAUGUGGAGGCUCACUGGAGAUUGUAACAUGCUCACACGUAGGCCAUGUCUUUCGGAAAGCCACACCUUAUACUUUUCCGGGUGGUACUGGUCAUGUAAUUAACAAGAACAAUAGACGACUGGCGGAGGUGUGGAUGGAUGAAUUUAAAGAUUUCUUCUAUAUAAUUUCACCUGGAGUUGUUAAAGUGGAUUAUGGAGACAUAUCUGCCAGAAAGGCACUGAGAGAGAACAUGAAAUGUAAUCCAUUUUCGUGGUACCUAGAAAACGUCUAUCCAGAUUCUCAGAUUCCAAGAAGAUACUACUCACUUGGCGAGAUCAGAAAUGUUGAGACCAAUCAGUGCUUGGAUAACAUGGGGCGCAAAGAAAAUGAAAAGGUUGGAAUAUUCAACUGUCAUGGCAUGGGAGGAAACCAGGUAUUUUCUUACACUGCUGACAUGGAGAUUCGCACAGAUGAUUUAUGCUUGGAUGUCUCUAGGCUCAAUGGCCCUGUGAUUAUGUUAAAGUGCCACCACAUGAGAGGAAAUCAACUUUGGGAGUAUGAUGCCGAGAGACUGACCUUGAGGCAUGUGAACAGUAACCAGUGUCUUGACGAGCCGUCUGAGGAAGACAAAAUGGUUCCUACCAUGAAGGACUGCAACGAAAGCCGAUCUCAGCAAUGGCUGCUACGCAACAUGACCUUGGGUGCCUAA